AUGGCGCAAGGACCGGCCGGCAACGGCUUCAGCUCCUUUAAAGGAGACAGCGAUAAUAAGCAUGGUGCCGACAAGAUUCUCACAGCGGGCCCGAGUACAUGGCAGUCGGCCCAGACCAACUUGGUGCAUGAGCUGCGGUGUCUGGUGCAUGCCAGGGAUAUGGCCCUUGCCGAACAGCGAGCGCGACAUGUCAAAGAGUCGAUCCUUGUGCGGGAGCAGCAACGAACUUUGGCAACAGACGACCCUGUGUUUAUUGGGAAAACGGCGAAGCUGCUUCGAGCUGCGGAUGAUGUCGCUGGCGGGCCAGCAAUCAACUCGCCUCUUUCCGUCUCUCCGGUCACGUCACGGCCCGCCUCUCCCAUCCUAACCGCCGCUAAUCAAAACGCGGUUGACCAUUCUCUGGAGGAUAGCACCUGCUGCGCAAAAAGAGGCGAUGGGUUGUCAUCGGAACGUGACACAAUGGCAGACACCAGUAAGCCUCCUGACACAGACGAUCUAACCGAUUCGAACAACGGAAACGGGACAACUCUCGCCUUCACCGGGUGUAGAGGCGGAACGGCAAACGACAACAACUGGGAGUCUCGAAAGGGAUCUCCUCCAUCGCCAUCUAUCAUUGCCGCCAAGAGCAAUGAGGAGAGCACCGCGAGGACGUGCUCACGAUGCGUUAAACUGCAGCACGAGCUUGUCACGGCACUGACGGAUCGCACUCUAGUCGAAGCGGAGCUCGUUUCUUUGCGGAGAGCAAGUUCAUGGGUUGAUACGGGAUGGGAAGGCGAGUCCGCUGGCGGUGCUGUCGAUCGGAAGGAACUCGGUGAUCUACACACGGGUGGACCAGGUGGAACUGUAAGGGUAGUCGACGACGCUGAAAACAAUGCCCCGAGGUCACCCUGCGAAGAACUCGGCAACAAUGACCAAGGUCUUGACCUUCACGUCGAAAUAGAGCGUUUGGAAAGCCUGGUGUCCCGUGCCGACCAGGGUGCGCCUCUUUCCGAUCUCGAUGCAAUAGCCGUGGACAGCGAAGGGCUGCAGAUGCAGGAACUGUCUCGGCGGCGCCUCUUGCGACUGGGAGCUGAGGCUGACCUUCGAGCAGCUCGUGCAAAGCUCGACAUGCUCUUGCCCACGGCAACGAUGCCGGCGCCCACGCCAGAUAUGGCGAAGGGUGACACGGAGCGGCAAGGGGCCGGGGUAACGCCUCUACAGCAAAAUGGUAGUAUCCACCGUGACGUCAUCCAAGAAGAAACAGGGAGCGGAGCAGGUCAACAUUGUGACACCAAACAAACUUCGAAAAAAGGGGGCGAGUUCCCACCAACAAACGCCGUUCCACCGAAAGGAGGUCAGGGUUCCUCGGCGAUCGGACGGGGAAGACGUGGUCGAGGACGAAGCAGUGGCGGUCUGCAGUCUGAGCGUGGUGCCGUAUCUAACCGCGAAAAACUCAGCGGUCGAGUCCAGGGUGUUGCUGGCCCUCCCAAGCAGGCGCUCGGCUCUCGAACUGCCGAUGAAGGGACGACGACAACGCGUAAGGCAACACCACGAACGCAAAUUGAAGAUGGUCGCCAUCCUUCUCAAAAGGAUGCUGGACCCAAGGCCAGGCUCACGAAGGGCAGUGGUAAGAAGACAGGGGGGCCGACGAAUGACCGUCAAAAAAUAGUUGUGGUAGAGAAGGAGGGCCAGGAAAAGCUGCGAAACUCUCCACCCCAGCCCGACACCAGUAGGCCACACGAACGCGAUGAUCCGAACAAAGUCACGGUCAACGACAACGCGAAGCGUUUAAGUGUUUCCUUAGUAGAGGGACAGCUGCAGGGGGAGGGAGAGGCUUCUAAGAGCUCCCUCACCAAAGAUGGCAACCAAGCACCUGGAGGGGACGAAACGACAAUACGAGAGGCCGAAAGCUCUUUGACUGGCGGAAAUGGCUGCGCUAAGGCUGAUCCUACGGUGGGAAUCGUGGCGAAUGCUUCAGAACCUCCCCCACCCACUGUGCCCACCGAGGUUAAGAACGAUGUUGGAGACGGGAAAAGAGGGGCCAUGACGCCCACGAAACACGGACGAGCUAAAGGGACAACGAAACAAGAUCGCGGGAAAGCUGCACGUUCAUCGCCCAGCAAACUUACAAAGGGUGCCGUUGUCCGAAAACCACCGAACCGGUUAACCGGAGAGAAAGCUAAGACAAAAUCUGCUUCGACGGCUGAAUCGGCGGCCCCUACGCGCAGCCUGACGGCCACGGAGGAACAACAAUUCUCCAGGGAGACUGCAACCGAAGAUGCCACGGGCUCUUCGCUUCCGACGUCGGCCCCAGUAGACCCAGGCGUUACUGUAGAGGAGAUGGAGGAUGUGCAGAAACAGGAAGGGAGGGCUGAAAAACACGGCGACUCGCUUUGUGGGACACAGGAGGAGUUAACUUGCCUUGACACCACGCACAAAACGGCCGGAGACGAGGGAGUCGAACAAGAUGUAAGGGCGAGGGGUCCUAUCGUCAACGAAGAAGGCGUGGACAUACCGGCCACUGGGGCGUCAGCCCGAAGGGAAUCCAUUUCCCAGGAGAAGCGAAAGCUCGCAGGGCCGGCCGAUGGAGGAGAGGCCGGAGACAACUUGGUCACAGAGGAUGGAGAUGGUACAAUAGAGGGAUAUUGUGGUGGUGGUGCCGUCGUUGUGUCGGAGGAUGCAGAUCCUGGCCGUACCGUCGGCGGUGCUGAUCUCCAUCUUCGGGGUGUUGUAGAUCUGGCCGAGGUGCUGCGAGUUGAGGUCGACAAGCUGAGGUUGGAAAAGGCAGAGCUUGAGGAUACCAUAGCUCAACUUAACGUGGCAGCCGCUCAGCUGUACCUCGUGGAGUAUGAGCAGAUGAAGGCGAAGUGCCGUCAGCUGAAAAGGGUUGUUUUCGGGCCUGCUUCUAGACCGGCCAACGCGGAAUCGGCGUAUGGCCACUCAUGCCAAGAAGUAAUGCACCGAUUGAAGGUGAUUGGCGUCAAGUUCUUCCGACGAAGGAUUGGCGGCGUGAUGGGAGAGAAGUUUUUCCCGGACGGUCUGGCCAGGGCGUUAACACUCAUCGGUCGACCGCGGAUGACGCAGGGGUCGCAAACGGCGCCCGUAGAUCGACUUGGGCCACUCUCACGAAAUGGAGGCUCUCCAGGUUUACCCAGAAGCAGAGACGUUCACGUCCAGGUUGCCGGGGGUAUCGACGUGGAAGACGAGCCUUUGAUGGAACAGCAGGUGUACGGUCUGCUAGGCAAACUAGAUCUCCUGCUGAAGCGACGCGAAGACGUGCUGUGGGCGUACCAUCGAGAGGCAGAGGAAGGAGCCCGAGAGGCCAGGGCCCUCCUUGCUUCAGCUGCAGCUCAGCACCACCCAGGCCAAGCUUGGGGAGUGUCUCGCCCGCCAAAUGUCCGACAACUUAUCGGUGGACGGGAGGGCCCGGCGGGAGCACCGCGACCAGCCAUCAACCCAACGAACCUUCUCUUCACGGCCGCCGUAGUCCUUGACAGCGUGGCAGCAGCGGCCGCUGGACCCACCCCAGAACCUACCGUCUCAUCAGCACCCACCCCAGAGAAAAUUCCUUCAGCUAGUGGUGGCAGCGAGAGCCGUCGGCAGAGGUACUCGCCAGCAGAAAAGGCGCUUCUGGAGCUUGCAGACGAAGUAGUCGCUGCGCUCGACGUGGAGCAGCGGCGAUCGGACGCUUCGGCCGAACGCCGACGCCUUGCGGUGGAUAGGCAUAACAACUCCGGGGACAGCCGAUUUCAAGCACUGGGGCGGCCACCGCUAGGAGUGCCUCCUCUGAUUUGGGCAAUGGAGAUCCACCUGGUGGGAAAGCUAGCCAGGGCGUUUAGGACCGCGGUUGAGGCGCGUGGAUUCGAGCGAGAGGUGGAAGACGCGAACUUGGUGGCGGCGGUCACGCUGGGACGAUCGUCGCCACCCUCAUCCAAUGGCGGCAAAAACGAUUCCGGUCCCCCCUGGCACCUGGAGCAUCGUAUGUUGUCCGUUCUUCGGGGAGACGAGGAAGAGGAGAGGGAGCGCCUACAACGGGCCCGGCGUGAAUUUGAAAACACCGAAAGUUGCACGAUGGCCGCCAACAACCAACGGGAGCAGCAGCGGUUCGGAUGGGGUGCUGAUACCUAUUCCCCGCGCCGGAUUUACCGUCCCAUGACGGGCAAUGUUGGGACGGAUGAAGGCCAACCGAAGUAUGGCUCAUCCCCGACAACCUCGCCGAGGAGGAAAGAGGGCCUCGCGCGAGGACAGCAGUCCAGACCUGACUCGACAAAGGGUCGAACCGGUGUCCGAGACGGCCGUCACGCCUCCACCUUCAAUCGGCCCGGGACCAUGGCGCGUGGUUCUACCUUUGAAUCCAAAGCUAAGCAGCAGUGCAGCAGCAGCAGGACCGUCGACGGAAACACUCGAGAUCUCCAGAACCAAGAUCAGCGUGAGCAGCAGCGACAAGACUCGGCCGCGGUUGCUCGCGUUGAGGCCGCAGUUUUCGACACUGUCAGGCCGUCCCGUCUGCACCCCAGGCCAGGCUCGGCAUCGUUCGAGGGCCGUAGUGGCCGGGUCGGGUUCUACGAAGGGUGCAGCACCUUGGCGGCGACUGAACGCCUUCGUCCCCAAAGUGCGCGCCUACCCGAAGCGCAUGACAAGUUUCUAGGUGAAGGAGGAAGAACCACCGUUGGUGGCCACACGGGGGCUUCCCACGCCAUGCCUUCGGAUGCUCAUCGCAGCGGGCGGCGGGCGUUCGAAGGCAACUCGACAUCUGGACCAAACGGGGAGGAGCGGCCGGUACGCACGACUAUGACCACCGUCGCUCUCACCGCGAACACCACGGCCCGCCGUCCUGCCAGCGCUGGCGGGCGCGUUGUGGACACACGCACCUGGUCUUCAAACAGCAAUGUGGUCGAAGCAGGCACCGGCGUGUUUCGCUGCCGUCCAAACAAGACGACUCGUGCGGCUGUUCGGUUUGAAGCCUCUGCCACUGAAGGUGGCGUAUCAUCUUCGCAGCUCGUUCCGACGCAUCCUGGGGCGGUCCCCCAGUUCCUGCUCCGGAAAGAACGGGAGUUGUUGGAGGCCCACCGGCAUAAGCAGGCGGCGGUGAAUGGGCGAUUUGAGGUCGUCCCCGACCAGGGCGACGAUAUCGGUGGUUGUGGCGACGAGGGUGUUUCCGGAUAUGCUGCUGGGGGCUCGGGGGGUGAUAUUAAAUCAGAUAGACGAGUUAUGAAUGCAUCGGAGAUUAGUGAUCGGUGGGGUAGAGAGAUAGGCGACACGCUUGAGCAAGGAGGUGACGGUGGUAGCGGCGCCUACGGCGGCAGGGUACUGUUGUCUUCCGUGAGGCUGGAGGAUUCUAUGGACGGGGAGGGAUUGAUGCCGGAUGCCGGCGAGCAGGCUUUCUUUGACGCUUGGAAGCCGACGGGGUACGAUAUCGACCUCAGUCGGUACGACUGA